CCAUGGCUGACCCGUUGCGCGAGCGCACCGAGCGGUUGCUGGCCGACUAUCUGGGGUGCUGCGCCCGGGAACCCGGCACCCCCGAGCCGAGGCCGUCCACGCCCGAGGCCGCCGUGCUGCGCUCCGCGGCGGCCAGGUUACGGCAGCUCCACCGGUCCUUCUUCUCUGCCUACCUCGGCUACCCCGGGAACCGCGUCGAGCUGGUGGCGCUGAUGGCGGAGGCCGUGCUCUCCGACAGCCCCGGCCCCACCUGGGGCAGGGUGGUGUCGCUGGUGACCUUCGCGGGGACGCUGCUGGAGAGAGAGCCGCUGGUGACAGCCUGGUGGAAGAAGCGGAGCUUCCAGCCGCGGCUGAAGGAGCAGGAGGGCGACGUCGCCCGGGACUGCCAGCGCCUGGUGGCCUUGCUGAGCUCGCGGCUCACGGGGCAGCACCGCGCCUGGCUUCAGGCUCAGGGCGGCUGGGAUGGCUUUUGUCACUUCUUCAGGACCCCCUUUCCGCUGGCUUUUUGGAGAAAACUGCUGAUCCAGGCUUUCCUGGCAUGCUUGUUAACAACAGCCUUCGGUUACCUCUGGACACGAUUAUUAUGAGUUUUAAAAUUUUUAACCCACUUCUACCUGCCCAACUGUGACCAACUAAAUGACAGAGGUGUGAGAACAAGAACUGAGGGAAAGCACCUUCCCCCACCGCAGACGUUUUUACCUGAAUGCGUACAAGGAGUCCUGAGGUGCUGAUGUGGCCGGUGUUUUAACU